AUGUCGUACACAAUCGCUGGCCGCAAGAUCCUCAACGAGCACAUCGCCCUCGCCGUCCUCGGCACGUACGGUGUCAUUGCUGCUACCCAGAUGGGCGGCUCCAAAGAGGCCAAGGCGUCGGUCGCCUCGCCCGACUCCAAGGCCAACGACCCUCCUAUCAACGCUUCCAGCUCCGACGAGGAGGCCUUCAUCAAGCAGUUCCUCGCCGAGGCUGAGGGCAAGGACGGCGAGCGUCUCGUUUAA